AUGAUAGCUAAAAAUAUGAGUCUUUCUAGGCUCAUGAGGCACCCUCGUAGCUUUAUUUCAACAAAGAAAAGCCUUAGAACUUCUACGAGGUUAUGGAACACGGUAAAAAAUCCAAAGAGAUAUCCUGAAAUUUUAGACUCUGACUACACGCCAGAAGGCGAUGUGGAUUAUAUAAAAAUGAUAUUGACAUCCCGAGUGUAUGAUGUUGUUGAUGAAGCAGGUACCCCAUUGCAUAAUGCCGUCAAUUUGGCGAACAAGUGUAAUUCCAAUAUUUACUUGAAGAGAGAAGAUCUUUUACCAGUCUUUUCUUUCAAAUUGCGUGGAGCAUAUAAUAUGAUUGCUAAUUUAAAUGCACAAUCAGAGAUGCCGAUGACAGGUGUCAUAGCAUGUUCAGCAGGGAACCAUGCUCAAGGUGUUGCGUAUUCGGCCAACAAAUUGAAGAUUCCCCUGACUAUUGUAAUGCCAACCUCUACUCCUUCAAUCAAAUAUAAGAAUGUAUCGAGGUUAGGUUCCCAAGUUGUCCUUUAUGGAGACGAUUUUGAUGCAGCCAAAAAGGAGUGUUCCAGGUUAAGCGUGGAAAACAAUUUGAUAAACAUCCCCCCUUUUGAUCAUCCAUAUGUCAUUGCAGGUCAGGGAACAUCUGCAUUAGAAAUAACACGUCAAACAAGAUUGGACAAGCUCACAGCAGUAUUUGUUCCUGUUGGAGGAGGCGGGCUUAUUGCAGGUAUAGCUUUGUACUUGAAGAAGGUUGCUCCACAUGUGAAGAUUAUCGGAGUUGUAACCUAUGAUUCUGAUGUUUUAUAUCGGUCGUUGAAGGCAGACAAAAGAGAGACGUUAGAUAAAGUAGGAGUUUUUGCUGAUGGUACUGCCGUAAAGAUAUUGGGUGAGGAAACAUGGAGAAUAUGCAGAACACAUGUGGACGAUGUCGUAAGAGUCCUGACUGACGAAUUAUGUGCUGCAAUUAAAGAUGUAUUUGAAGAUACAAGGCUGAUAGCAGAACCAUCUGGUGUUCUUUCAGUGGCAGGAGUUAAGAAGUAUAUUAACGAACAUAAGGAUAUUGAUCAUCGAGACAAAACAUAUGUCUGUAUAUUGAGUGGUGCUAACAUGAAUUUCGAUAGGCUCAGGUUCGUUAGCGAAAGAGCUGUUUUGGGAGAAGGAAAGGAGGUUUCGUUAGUAGUCACUAUUCCUGAAAGGCCUGGAGAAUUUGCAAAGUUACAAAGCAUAAUCGAUCCUAGAGCUAUCACUGAAUUUUCAUACAGAUUCAGCAGCAAUUAUCCCGCCAGCAUAUAUGUCAGUUUUAAUGUCAUAGAUAAAGAGAAAGAGAUGGGAUCAAUUCUAGAGAAUAUGACCGAUAAAGACCAUCAAUACGAGGUUGACGAUAUUUCGGGUAAUGAGCUAGCUAAAACUCAUGGAAGAUAUCUCGUUGGAGGAAAAUCACCGGGCCCAGGAAUUGAUAAGUUGAAGAAUGAAAGGAUAUUCAGGUUUGAAUUUCCAGAGAGACCAGGUGCUUUGACGAAGUUUUUAAAAGCAUUGAGGACUGACUGGGAUAUCACUCUUUUCCAUUACAGGAACCAUGGUCACGAUAUUGGGAAGGUUCUAUGUGGCUUCGCUUUACCUGAAGACACAAAAGAAGAGGAUUUCCAGGACUUUUUGAAUGAGUCAGGGUACAGAUAUGUCGAAGAAACAAAUAACGUUGUAUAUAAAAAAUUCUUAAAGAGGUGA